CAACGGUGGCCCAGCACGAUGCAGCCGAGGGUCGUCAAGCCACCAGGGCAGGAUUUCGCAGUGGAGCGUCUCAAAAGCCGCUACGGGCUGGGUGGCUGCCGCCCGGCCGAGUAUUCUGUUUCAAGUUUUGAUCAGACUAAAUCUAAGAGAAGAUCUCUAACCUCCCCAGAUGACUUGGAUGUCUACUCAUCGGGAGAUAAAGUUGAUUCCUUAUUAAGAUGGUAUUCUGAUGAUAGAAAGCAUUCCACUAUACCUCUUUAUAGUUCAUCCAAGCACUUCAGUAUGAACUGCCUAGAUGAUGAACUGGAUUCUUUUCAUAAUUUGAAGCAACGGGAAACAGAAGUAGAGUUAAUUGAGAAGCAUCAUAGAGUUAAUAGCUCCAAAAUAACCAAGCAGUCUUUUAAAGAAGUAGAAAAAGCAGUAGCUUGGCCAACUAAUUUGGCCUCAAAUUCAAGAAAUUGGACUGAAUGUUGUAGUGAUGCAAGUGACUCUCCUUUGAAAUGUGUCCGUUAUUCAACAUCUAAAGCAUCAAAUAAGCAGAGUUUACUUCCACAUCAGAUCAAUCAGAUAUAUGAUGAAUUAUUCCAAAUACAUCAGAAACUGCAGUGUGAAACUGCAGCACAACAGGAAUUUGCUGAAGAACUUCAGAAGCGAGAACAUUUUUUAGUUGAAAGAGAACAACUGCUGUUCAGACAUGAAACUGCCUUGAGCAAAAUGAAAGGUGUGGAAGAAGAAGUUCUUACAAGAUUUCAGAUUAUGAAGGAGCAACAUGUUGCAGAAGUUGCACACUUAACUGAGGUUCUCAAGGAUAAAAACAAAGAAAGCAAGAGGCUAAGGUCUUCUUUUGAUGCUUUGAAAGAAUUGAAUGAUAACUUAAAAAAACAGUUAAAUGAAGUAAGUGAAGAAAACAAGAAGAUGGAGAUUCAGGCUAAAAGAGUUCAAGCUCGUUUAGAUAAUUUACAGAGGAAGUAUGAAUUUAUGACAAUACAGAGAUUGAAAGGAAAUUCCCAUGCUGUUCAUGAAAUGAAAAGUUUAAGACAAGAAAAAGUACCAGUUUCAAAAACAUAUAAGGUACCACUUAAUGCACAAGUUUAUGAACUUUUAACUGUCUUCAUGGAUUGGAUUUCGGAUUAUCACCUUAGCAAAUUGAAAAGUGAAGAAUCUGGGAUGGAUGGUGAAAAGCUGCUAUUUAAAUUUGCUUCUCAGAGAAAUGAUAUUCAGGAGAAGUGUAUAAAGCUUUUGCCUGUGAUGACAGAGCAACUACAGUGGAUGCCAUUUGUGAAUGCCAAACUUCAUGAGCCUUUUGUAAAAUUUAUAUAUUGGUCUCUACGGCAACUAGAAGCUGGAACACUGUUCCUGAAUGAGAAUGGUUCCAAGGUUGACUACCUGGCCCCUGGGACGUACAACUCCCAGCCAACUGACUACCUGGCUCAGGCAUUUGAUUCUCUUUGUUUGGACUUGAAGACAGAUGAAGGAAAAAUCUUAUUUUUGGAGUAUCAAGCUGUUCCAGUAAUAUUAAAUCACCUAAGAAUAUCCAGUAAAGGGCUCUUAUCCAAUGUCAUUGAUAGUUUGCUUCAGAUGACAGUGGAAUCCAAAUCCUUGCAGCCUUUCCUGGAAGCCUGUAGCAACACUCUGUUUUUUCGUACUUGUUCUGUGCUGCUUCGAACCCCUAAGCUUGAUCUUCAAAUACUAGAAAAACUCAGUAUUAUUCUACAGAAACUUUCUAAAAUCAAGAGUAAUAAGAAGUUCUUUGAACUUUUUACAAUUCAUCUGAUGCUUCAGGAAAUACAAAGGACAACACAUCCAGAACAUGCCUUUCUCUGUAUUAACCUAAAUUCAACUCUGUUCAAUUUGGGUUUAACGAAAUGCAACUCCCUGGCCUCCAAUUCAAGCCAUUAGACUGGCUUAUUAUUAUUUUAUAUACAUUAUAUAUGUGUUGCUUAUUUGUAAGAUUGCAAAAAUCAUCAAAGUAACUAAAAAUCUACCAAGUAAAGUUUCAGUAGCAUCAUUUAUCAUGAAAAAUAAAAUAGAAAAUUUUUUUAUUUUAAAAAUGAAAUCUAUAGGAGCUCUGGAAUGAUUGUAAUAUUACAGUUCAACUUAGGUAGUACUAAUGUGUAAAAUAGAAUUUCCAGAAUUAAUGACACUGGGGUUAAUUUUGUAAAACUGCUUUAUAAAAAUUC